AUGGGUCGUGUAAUUCGUGCUCAAAGAAAAGGAGCGGGAUCCGUAUUCAAAUCCCACACCAAGAAAAGGAAGGGAGCCCCAAAACUCCGUUCUUUAGAUUUUGCCGAAAGGCAUGGAUACAUCAAGGGUGUCGUGAAGGAAAUUCUCCACGACCCUGGUAGAGGAGCUCCAUUGGCUUGGGUGCAUUUCAGAGAUCCCUACAAGUUCAAGACCAGGAAAGAACUGUUCAUUGCCCCUGAGGGCAUGUACACUGGCCAGUUUGUAUAUUGUGGGAAAAAAGCGACACUCCAAAUUGGAAAUGUGAUGCCCGUUGGAACCAUGCCUGAGGGUACAAUCGUUUGCAAUCUGGAGGAGAAGACCGGAGACCGUGGCCGACUUGCCCGGGCAUCGGGUAAUUAUGCUACUGUCAUCGCCCACAAUCCCGACAGCAAAAAAACCCGUGUAAAGCUUCCAUCUGGAGCCAAGAAAGUGAUCCCAUCGAACAACCGAGCCAUGGUUGGUAUCGUUGCUGGUGGUGGACGUAUUGACAAGCCCAUCUUGAAAGCCGGACGUGCUUACCACAAGUACAAGGUCAAGAGGAACUGCUGGCCUAAGGUUCGUGGUGUUGCUAUGAACCCAGUUGAGCAUCCUCACGGAGGAGGUAACCAUCAACACAUUGGUAAAGCAUCCACAGUCAAACGUGGAACCAGUGCUGGUCGUAAAGUUGGUCUUAUUGCUGCCCGUCGUACUGGAAGAAUUCGGGGAGGAAAAACUGAUACCAAGAAAGACGAUUAG